AUGUUGGGAAUAUUCUGCUUGGAACACUGUAUUUUAUUGUCAAUGGCGAUAUACUACGUAUUUGGCGUGAUCGUUUUUGGAGUACUGCGGAACAGAAUGCCGUUAGAAAUUGUUAUGUUUCCGCUCGAGUUCACAACUACUGGAGGUUUGGAAAAUGUACCAAGUCACGUCCGCAUUGUCUACGGAUUCUACGUUGAGGGUGCUAUGUGCUUACUUGCGUGUCUUGUAGCAAAUAUACGUCGGUUCAGUAGUAGUCCAGUGGCUUUCAUGUUAGAAAACUAUAGAUUAUUUAAUAGCUCAGACUGUCCCGAAUGUUAUAAUGAUGAGGAUUACAAAAUUAUACGUAUAUCGUAA